AUGGAAAUUCAUCAUCGACUAUAUAAGAAAUCGAUUAAUUAUAAUACUACCACUACUACUAUUGCUACUGCUAAUGAUCUUCUACCGGUACUUUGUGAUACGAAUAACGUAUCAGGAAUUUCGGAAAACAGUAAUUUUGGUGCAUCAACAUCAACAUCAGCAACAUCAUCAUCAUCAUCAUCAUCAUCAUCAUCAUCAUCAUCAUCAUUAUCAUCAUCAUCAGCAUCAUCAUCAUUAUCAUCAUCAUCAGCAUCAUCAUCAUUAAUCAAGAAUAGUGCAUUUGUUCCGCUAAGUCGAACAACACUUAAUAUAAAUGAACUUCCGGGUUAUGGUGGUACUUUAACCGGAUUACUUAAUCAUUCAACAACAACUGAUUUAUCACAUGAUUUACCUGCUACAAGAACAUCACAUACAAUUCCUGUAAUAGCUGAAACAGGCAACGAAACAAAAAAUGAUUUAAACGUCAACAAUAAUCAUCAUCAUCAUCAACAACAACAACAAUCUGGACAAACAAUAUCAAUACAAAAUACGGAAAAUAAUAUUUGCGCAAUUGUUGGAACAUUAACAACACCAUCAUUACAAGCAGAUCAAAAUAAUACAACAAUGAUUAUCACCGCUAAUAGGUGCAGUAAUAGUAACAAUAGUAUUAAUAGUGGGAAUGAUGGCGCAAAUGUUAAAAGCAACUGCAACUGUGCAAUAACAAGCGCUAAUGAACCAAAUUUUUCACAUCGAAUUUCAAAGGGAAUAGAAUUGAAAUAA